GUAGUUGGAUAGACGCAUAUCAUCAUCAAUUCAUCAUCGAUUCUUCGUCUCUCUCCCUCUAUAAAUACCUCCCCACAUCCCACAAUGGAUUACUUGCAUUCUCUGCCCCUCUAGGACUAGAAGAAGACAACCCACAUCUAUUCGUACGCCUUUCACACAACACCCCCACCACUAAACCAGAGAGAGAGGAGGGCCGGGUUGGGAGACAGGAAAACAGAAUUGGCCUGCCAAGAAACAAAAGAGAGAUCAAAGCAAGGAGAGAAUUGGCCAAGAAACAGAGCAAGGAAGAGAAGAUUUGAAGGGAGGGAGAAGAUGGGGAUGAGGGUGCCGGGGUGGGUUGGGGGCCUGGUGGAGGAGAGCUUCUUCGGCGGCUGCCCUUCGCACGAGAGCCGCAAGAAGAACGAGCGCAACAUCUUCUGCCUCGCCUGCUGCACCGCCAUCUGCCCGCACUGCGCCCCCGCGCACCGCCACCACCCGCUCCUCCAGGUGCGGCGCUACGUGUACAAUGACGUCGUCCGCCUGGGUGACCUCGAGAAGCUCAUCGACUGCUCCUAUGUCCAGCCCUACACGAUCAACAGCGCCAAGGUGAUUUUCCUGAAGCCGAGGCCUCAGUCCAGGCCGUUCAAGGGCUCCGGCAACAUCUGCCUCGCGUGUGACAGAAUCCUGCAGGAGCCCUUCCACUUCUGCUGCCUCUCCUGCAAGGUGGACCAUGUAGUGAUGCAGGGAGGGGACCUCUCAGACAUCCUGCUGUACCGCGCCGGCGACGAGCUCCCCUUCCCGCGAUUCGAGAACCUCCACGUAGGCGAUGCUAAUGCGGGGCCGGCCACACCGAACUCGAUCCUUGAGGACCCUGCGCACCGCCGUGGCGGUAGCGGCGGGUCCAGUGGCAAUGCAGGAAAUGGCGACGGCGGUGGCGGCGAGGAGGUGGUGAAGAGGAAGAAAGGGGGAGGGUUCCUCCCCCAGAUUAUGCUGUCAUUGGGCAGCAGGAGGAAGGGUGCCCCCCACAGAUCCCCCCUAGCUUAAGCUAAGCAUGCAUCCCUUGCAUGGUUGGUUACCAUUGCCACCAGUCCACCACCCCCACCACCUAUAUGUGUGACGUGCUGUUAAUUAAUUCUCCGGUAGCUAUAGCUAGUACUAGUCUCCUAUUGGUGGUAGUACGUAGUAGCUUAUCAUAUCAUAGUAGUGUUUGUGUUAUAGUCCUAUGAUUAGCCAUGUAGAGAGUGUUGGGUUAGUUUGGGAGGGGCCUAAUUGUGACCUAGGGCCACUUCUAGCUAGCUUAGGCAAGUGUGUUUUGGUGAGACAGAGAGAGAAAGAGAAAGGGUAGGCAGUUCCCUCCUGUUUACAUGCCUAGGUAGCCACAGGCUCUUGUGUGGGGCAGGCAGGCUCCCCCACGAGGUGGCUACCAAUUUUGUAUUUUGCUGUAACAGGCCAGGGUUUACUCGCAUACACCUCCAUAACUACAUAUAAAUAUGAUAUCAUCCCCCCAUAUAUAUUAUGUGAAAAAAAAAUCUGUUGCUAGUGAU